UUGAAGAAGAUAAUAAUACUAAAGCCAAAAGAAUUGAUGAAAAAAUUACGGUCAGAGAAUAUUUCUGACCAAUCUCCGAAAUUAAGAGAGGUAGAAAGAGAAAAACUUCUUAAUAGAAGAAUCUAAUGAUGAUCUUAAAUGUAGUCUUCUACUUGCUGAACAUGGUCAGCCCUUGACAUAUAUGAAGAGAGUUACUGCUGAUCUAAUUUCUAUGACCAAGGAAGAGGUUCUGAAGGUGGAAGUGCAAGCCAGGGUGGUUCCGAGACUAGUUUUGGGAGAAGGCGAGGAAAGUGCAAAUGGUUAAAUGUUGCCGAAGGAUGGGGUUUCAUCACUCCCGACGAUGGUGGCCAGGAUAUGUUUGUGCAUCAGGUAAAAAAAGUGAAACUUUUAUACAUAUAUCUAUACACAACUGAUGAGUUGAAAAAGUAAAAUUAUAAAAGGAAGUUUUGAAGGAGAUUUUGAAUAUACCAAAUAAACGUUUUCUUCCUUUGAGUUUGAAUCAUGAAUAAAUGAAGAAAUGUUUUCAAGGUGUUACAACUGUGGCCAAUUCGCCAACCACAUAGCAGCAAAAUGCUCCUUUGGGCCUCAGCCCAGAAGAUGCCACAACUGCAGCAGCGAGGAUCAUCUGAUAGCCGACUGUCCUUCAAAAACCGAACAAAAGACUGAUUCGAUUGAUUCGACCAAAAACGGAGAUACUCCUAAAAAGGAAGACGGAACAACCGUACCCUCCGCUCCAGAAAAAACGGGGGAUUAGAUUCCUAAUCUUCGCUCAUUUUGAAGAGAAUUGAAGAAUCAAUUCAAUGCCUGAUGAGAAAAUGUCAUGGAGAGAUUUCAUCAGAAAAUUCUUCAAAUCUUUCAUACUACGGUUCCAAUAUGGAGCCAGCCGUACGCUAUCAAAAUAUUCUUAAAUAAAUGGUUUAACAAUGAAACCAACUAGGGGUGGAGGCGUGCUCCUGGCAGCUCAUAAUAGACUGAAUGCAGUUCGGGUUGAUUUUCCGAAUUUACGAAGUGUUAUUCCCUCGAUUGACAUGGUAUGGUGUAGGGUUAAAUUGAAGUCAACUUAUUUAUUUGUAGUUGUAGUUUAUAUACCGCCAACUACUGAUACUAGUGAUUAUGAAGUUUUACUUGAUAUAUUGUCUUCGCAGAAUGUUCUAUUGGACAAGCAUUUGAUCAUUGUUGGUGACUUUAAUGCCCCAUUGUAUGUGGAAGAUUCUCUUGAUGAUUGUAGAAGUAGAGCUUUAAAGAUGUUCUCGCAAAUGUUAGAUCUCAAACAGGUAAACCACAUUUUAAAUUGUAAUAGUAGAUUGCUGGAUCUUGUUUUUUCUGAUGCUCACUGUAUUCUUGCUGAUGAUGCCUUCUCUCUCGUUAACGUUGAUCCUUAUCAUCCACCUAUUCAUUUCAACUACAAGGCUGAGAUCAUGCGUGGUGGAAAUUUUGGUGUAAGUAAUAAUAAUUCCCCUUAAGAAUUUAACUUUAGGAAAGCUAAUUUUGUUACAAUGUAUGAGAUGAUGUUCAAUGCUGAAUGGUGCGAUGUUUUAUCAGUUGGAGAUGUCCCAGAUGUGAAAGUGUUUGGUAAACUGCAUAGCUACAGUGCAUUUCCAUUUGAAAAUUUUAUGCAAGUUCUAAAAGACAUGGUGAAUAACCCAGCGGAAAUCAUGAAAAGAUUGUCUGAAAUGAUGAAAAUUCCACUUGCAAAAAAAAAAGGAGGUAUGAAGUGUGAACGUUCUCGUAAUGAUGGCCCUACUAUAGAAGAAUACUCUAUCCAAUGUGAGUGAGGUCAGAUUUGACUAUUUCACUAUCAAUAUGCAAAAGUCAGGGGAUUCAUUUCGUUCACUGAAAAAUGGAAACAUAAUGAAAGUUAUCAAUUUACUUUCAAAGAAGUACCUUUGUAUCAAAAAGUAUUUAGAGAAACUUCUGAUUAUUUUGCUCGUCCAUAUAGUUCGUGGGAUUCAUCAGACAUUCAAGUUUAUUUUGUGAGAAAAGAAAGCUCAUUACAAGUAAGAACUUUGGACAAUAUUUCAAGAAAAAUGGUCGCUUUUCAACGUGAUGAUGAUUAUAUCGAAGAGUAUGAACUCUUUGGUUAUAUCGUAUUCCUCUUUCUGCAUGAUUAAUAUUCAAAACAUUAUUUUUUAUUGAAUCAAUGGGACUGGCAGAAUUUUUAUAAUUCAUUCUAUAGGGCAUUUCGGAUCAGCCGACUUUGAUAGGACCGCUGAGGGGUACACAAGUGUUGG